AUGAGGAACAACAGCUGCGCAUGCAGUGAUAAGGACGAUUUUUACAAAAAUGAAAAAGAAAAAAAUGCACCUACGCUGGAUGGGAAAAUUGUGAAGCGGAUUAUCUCUCUCUUUUCUAAAUUGCUUGACGAAUGUGCUCAAGUGAAACGUAAGUUGACCAACAUGUUGGAAGUUUUUCUCACGAUAGGAGCUACCCCCAGAUCGAAUCUUUCCCCCCGGGAAAAUGUAGCAGAUAGUGGUGCAUAUACAUUUAUGGAUGAAGAUAAAAUUUACAAGAAUUUUUUUUAUUACCCUUAUGUGCUUUCUCGAAAUGGAUAUUUAACCAAAGAUGAAGAGCUUUUUUCUUUUCACUGCACCCAUUCUGACCGUGUCGGAAUUAUCAAUAGUGAGGGUAUCACAAAUGGUGGAGUCAUUCUGGACGAAUGGCUAGAAGGAGGAGCACACCAACAGGAUUACAAAUCGACAUGGGAUAAAAUGAGGUGCAAAAUGGACCCCUUUGGAGGAGACAUCAGGGGAAUGUCACCGAAAAUGUCAGGCAGGAGGUUAUGGAACAGAAGGGCGCUGUUUAAACAGGCCAAUAAGGACGGCGAAGGGAAUAAGCAGAAGGAUGAUAAAUACAAGGAUGACAAUGACCCCAAGAAAAACCCCCCACUGCUAAAUGGUUAUACAGUAUUUUAUCCCCGGGAGGAACGUAAUAAAAAGAGAAGAACAAGCAGGAUACUUUCACUACCAUAUAUAUACGAACUCAUGGAAGAUCCGGAAAAGGGGAAGAAACUAAAAGAAGAAAAAGAGAAACAAUAUGAAGAAAAAAAAUACAAAGAAAAUGAAGAAAAAAAAAAAAGAAAGUCUAUUAAUUGCAGGAUCUUGCAAGAGAAUGAUGAGAAACAAAAUCGUUCUACCAAUAAGAUGGAUAGCAUAAGAGGAGACGACGAAAUAUUAGGAGGGAAGGAUGGUGCAAGUAGUAAGAAGUAUAGACAGUUUAGAAUCCUCUUAGAACAGAAUCAUGCGUCCUAUUCCUGUGCAAUGGGAAAAGGUGCAGAAGGAAGAAAGAAUCAGCGAGUCAGUGAUGUAUGUCGUCGGAAUAGUAGACAGCUUGGAAUUGUACGAGAAGAAUAUAUUUCACCAGAUAAUGGUUCUUCAGACAUAAAUGGAGAUGAUGGAGAUGGAAUCAUAAAUCAUGAUGGAACUGACACGGAGGGUAGACAAUUUAGGAUUCUAGCAGGUUCACCCGAAGAUGAUGAUGAAGAAAGAUUAGAAGUAGAUGGACCUGACCCAAGUGGAAGCGGAGGAAGCGGAACUCAAGGAGAUCAAUCUAGCGGAAACAACGGUGGAAGUGGUUCAAAUGGUAGAAGGCUUAGAAAUUUAGCCGAUGAUGAUGAAGAAAGAUUAGAGGUAGAUGGACCUGACCCAAGUGGAAAUGAAAAUCAGGGAGAUCAAUCUAGCGGAAACAACGGUGGAAGUGGUUCAAAUGGUAGAAGGCUUAGAAAUUUAGCAGGUUCACUCGAAUAUGAUGAUGAUGACGAAAACUCAGAGGAAGAUGAACCUGACAGAAAUCGAAGUCGAAGCGGAGGAAGCACACACUACAAUGGAACUGCUUCAAAUAGUAGAAGGCGUAGAAGUUUAUCAGAGGAGGGUCCACCUCACGAUGAUGACCUCAAAAUCGUGGUAGGUUCAGAAGGGGGAAAUGGAGGAACAGGACAUGGACAGGGAAAUAAUCCAGAUAUUAAAGGAGGAAAUGAUGAUAACAAUUGCUCAGAGUGUAGAAUGUUUAGACUUUUAUCUGAGAAGGUUUCGCUACGGGGUGAUAGAAAUGACGACGAAGAUGGAGGGGAAAGUGGAGGUAGUGUUGGGAAUGGAAGUUGGUUGAAUAUUCGAUGCUUUAGGAUCUUGGGUGAUGAUGACCCAAUAUGCUAUGAUGAUUUCGUUCUUGCGAGGGAACGAAUUGGAACAGGUUUAGGACAAGGAAGUGGAAAUCAGGGAGCUCAUUCUAGCGGAAACAACAAUGGAACUGCCUCGAAUGGUAGAAAAUUUAGGAUUCUGGCAGGUUCAACCGAAGACGGUGAAGAUUUAGAGGUAGAUGGACCUCAUGAAGAUGAAAGUGGAGGCAGUGGCGGAGGAGGAAGCGGAAAUAAGAGGAAUAAAACACAUGGAAAAUGUGAUGGUCAGGAAUCGGCGAGUGGAAAGCUUAGUCUUUUAUCAGAAGGGGAUGAACCAAAUGAAAUCAUCAACGGAUCAGAUGAAUCAGAAUCAAGGGGAGGAAAGUGUGGUGGACAAGAUAGAUGUGACAAACGGGGUAAAAGAAAUGACGGAAAUAGUGCAGCUCAUAGAAAUGGUGUACUUUUAUCAAGUGCUAGUUCGUCCGCUACACAUGGGAUGCAAAAGAACGAAUUGGAAUAUAAUAAGAAAGGGAAAGAGAAAGAAAAAGAAAAGGAAAGAUCGUGGACGUAUCCCACGGGCCCCGUGGAAAUAAUGACUAGUGGAGGCAGCACCAAAGAAGGGAAGGCUGGGUCAGAGACAAAAAAGGGAGCAGAGGACGGAGGUCCCAAUGGAAAUGUGGGCAUGCUACCCCCAUUUAAAAAGCACGAAAUAGAUGAAGAGGAGGAGGAGGAAGAAGCAGCAGAGGAUGAAGAGAAGGAUGAACAGGAAGAUGAUGAGGAAGAAGAAGAGGAAAAAUUAAAGAGGAAAGAAACACAUAAGAGUAACUACUACUCCUAUGACAUAAACGGAACGACUGAAUCGGUGAAUGAGGAUGCUAAUGGUGAAAGCGGUUCGCCUCCUGAUACAAUGAUGAUGAAUCUGAAGCGCCUAAUUAAGGGCAAUUCCUGUGAGUGGGGUCAUCCCCUGAAGUCGUCCAGUUUGGCUAAUUUCAGAAAUUAUGGGAAAUGUGCGGGUUACUCCAGUGAGGCUGCCUCUUCCAACUAUGCCGUUACUCCCAAGUAUGCCGCUACUCCCAACUAUACCGCUACUCCCAGCCAUGUCAACUACAAGCAGCUGUUCAGAGAAAGCGCCCACAUAUGCAGGAAUGGCAACUACUACUUUAUCAAUCCGAGCCCGUUUAGCAUAGUCCAAAUGAAGCAGCAACAAGGGGAGCGACCCCAUAAAGGCAGCCGCCAUUACAUGGACUGCUACACUACCUGGCUUAGCAGCAAGUACAACUCUACACAGGGCAGCGAAUAUGUCCAUAGACGUAUAAAGCAAAUAGAAGAGCUAAUCCCCGGUUCCUUAACAGGUUUUAAAAAUGACGAUGGGUAUGAGAAAUUACUUCUGCCUUCGUUUGUCCCAGAAGACACAUUUUUGCAUUGUAUUUUUCGAAAUGAAUGGCAUCAUGGAAUGGUGAAUGCAGAGGGUCCCAUGAGUGCAACUGAGUUGUCAUACCCGGUGAAAAUUUUUUUAAAAAGAAAUUUAAACAAGACGAAAGGAUGCUCUUUUCAAGUGAAAGAAGGAAACGAACAUUACAAGGAGUAUGCAGAGAGGGAGUCCUUCCUCACCAAGAAGAUAAUAUUGAAUGAAACAAACAGGACCAGGAACGAGUGUGUAAUACACGCGUUUAACGAAAUUGUGGGAUUUCAAUGUGGGCCACCUUACAGAAUGGAUAAGAAGGAAAAGCACACUCAGGACGAUUAUAACUUGACUAGUGAGAAGAAAGAAAAUAAUCUAAUCAACCAAGGUGUAUCCGAAGGAGACUUUUUUAGAACUGAUCCUCCAUACUGCUUUGAGCAUGUGAAUGAAAAUCAGAACGUGGUGGAUAUUCUUCCCGACAGUUUUCCCUUCCCGAAUUCGAAAAUGUUGGCUGGACAAAUCCAAGUAAACCAUACGAGGUAUAUAAAAGUGGAAAACUUCACUGAGAGCAAAACUAUUGGAUGCUACUGCCACUACUAUAGAGAGAACAGAAUCAUGUACUCUGGAAAGAUAAUCAUAAUAGUGCAACCAAGCCAACACCCGCAUUUGACUAGCAAAGGUGGUCACGUGAGGCAGUCACAUGGAAAGGUAAAUUCUGCCCAGGGGGUGGACAAGAAGAAGAGUGUGGCUAUAGAAGAUAUGAAUUUGCUCCAAGAAAAAAGCAGCUCAUACAGGAGAGAACACUACAACAUUGGUAACGGAAGGGGCAGCAGCUGUGGUAGCGGCAGAGGCUGUGCAUACGGUGGGGUCAAGGAAGGGUCGGCUUCUACCCAUUACGGGGUGGACAAUACAAGGAGCAACUUCAUCUCCAAUGUUAACUUCAAACAUAAGGAAGGAAUAAACAGCAUUUUCUUCAAAGAGAAUAUGGGUGCGUCGACCGUGAGUUAUGAUCUCAUCCGUCGAUUCGGAGACAAAUUCAAGGGCGAGUAUAUUGAGGAGCUGCCCCCGGAGGAUGCCUACGGGGGCGAAGGUAGCUUGGGUGCAGGUGACUACACCAACUUGGAUGGCGAAUCGGGUACACACGAGUAUGACGAUUCGUACAGCGACCCGUACACAGAUGACUAUGCCGAUCCGUAUGGAGAUCCCUACGAGGAUGCGUAUACCGAUGAGUAUGACGAUGCGCAUACCGAUGAGCAUACCGAUGAGCAUACCCAUGACCAUACCGAUGCGUAUAGCAACCUCGAUCGCGAUGCCGAUGGAAACUUCCUUUCCGACUUAGACGACGGCCUCAUGAAUGAAAACGUACCAUCCAAAUAUAAGCCCUUGGACAGAAGCGUUGAUUUGCAGGAUAGUGUCAUGCAUUCUGGAGAAUCACAAACCAUUACUGUGAUUAACAAGUCUAAAAAUGUUAAGGUGCUGCUGCCAAAGAUGAAGGCCAAGAAAAAGACAUACCGAGGGGAUCGAGAGUUCCCUUACCCUAAGGUGAUCUCAAUCGUUUAUGAAGAGAAAGGGAACAAGCAUGAGAAGGUGGACAAAUCGCUCAGAAUGUUUAAGGAGUUCUUCCCUCCUGUCCUUAGGGAGGUUGAAGCAAGGGUGGAUGCUCUAGAGGGGGAGAAGGAUAUACAUGAAAGGGGAAAACACGAGCUGGUCGAUGAAGUGCAGGAUGAGAACUACGUGGGGGAAUGCAUAAAAUGCGAAGAUCGGAAGGAUGGAAAGGAUGAUAAAGAAGGAAGGGAUGUAACAGACUGCAAGGUUGAUAAGGACGGGAAGGACAAAAUAGACCCGAAAGAAGAGAAGGAUGGGAAAGACGGGGAAGACAUCAGCGACUUCACAUAUGAAUCAGUGAGCGAAGUGCAGGGAAAUAAAACGAAUAACUCAAUCGAUGAAGAGAUAAGCCAUUCUGUGGACCACCCCAGUGGGAUGAAGGAGAAACACGAAGGAGACUCAUUAUCUGCAGAAGACGAACAAGUAGUGAUGAAAAAAGGCAGGCCCGAUCAGAAUGAUUCACCCUGUGGUGAACAACCGUCACAGGAAAAAAGAAGACCACGAAGAAAGGGGAAGCGAGGGGGGAAAAAGAAAGGGGCGAAUAGUGCCAAAGAUGGCAAACAAGGCAACGAUUCAAGUGCUGCAGAGGGUGACAAGCACAGGGGACAACCCAGCGUGGAGAAAAAGGAACAUCUGGAAGGAAGCUGGGACGAACAAGAUGCAAAACGACGUGGUGAAGAAAAGGCUGACCAGAUUGAGGGACAAAGUAAACAAAUGGAGGAUUUAAAGAAAGGGUGGGGCCCAACUACAGAGGGAACUAACGGGAUGAAUGUCGAAAUAGGUGAGGAAAAACAAUCAGAUAAAGGGGAGAAAGAAAAAGGGGACGAACACAAAGAGAGUGAGGUGAAAAACGCAGAAAAUUAUGAAGCACAGGAGAGGAAAAAUAGGAUGAGAAAAAGAAUGAGACAGAAGCUCCAAAGGAAAUGGCCCCGAGCGGAUUAG